UUUUGUUCCUUCUUGGUUGCCGUAGCAUUUAGCAGCGUGACUCCAGAGGGGCGGUGCUACAGGUUUGAUAGAAAAUCCUCUUUUUCGGCAAAGUUACUGAUCUGAGAUCCGAUCUGAACCCGAAACACCUGAGCAAUGAGCCAGUCCGACAUGAAGACGAUCGCAGUCAUCGGCAGUGGGCUGAUUGGUCGCUCCUGGGCUAUGGUGUUUGCCAGCGGAGGCUACAGCGUGAAGAUCUAUGACAACCAGCCAGGACAGGCCGUUAACGCCCUCGCAGAAAUAAGGAAGCAGCUGCAGGAGCUGGAGGAAGCUCAUAUGCUCAGAGGAGAGCUGAGUGCCGCACAGCAGCUCGCUCUGCUCAGCAGCUACGAUGACCUGGCUCAGGCACUGGAGGGAGCCUUCUUUGUCCAGGAGUGUGUGUUUGAGCAGCUCGAAGUGAAGCAGACCAUCUUCCAGGACAUAGAGCGUCUUGUGGGAAAAGACGUCAUCCUGAGCAGCUCCACCUCUUGUCUGGUGCCAAGCAGCGUCUUCUCUAAAGUCCACAACAAGAGUCGCUGCGUCGUCUCCCACCCGGUUAACCCACCCUACUUUGUCAAACUGGUAGAGCUGGUACCUCACCCAGAGACAGCAGCAACCAUUAUGGACACCACCCAUGCUGUGAUGACCAAGGUCGGCCAAGUUCCUGUUUGCCUGAGGAGAGAGAUCGAUGGCUUCGCCCUCAACAGAGUCCAGGCGGCCAUCAUCGCAGAGUCCUGGAGGCUGGUCCAGGAUGGCGUUAUCUCAGUCAAGGACAUCGACCUGGUGAUGUCAGAGGGGUUAGGAAUGCGUUACGCUUUCAUUGGUCCCAUGGAAACGAUUCACCUCAAUGCACCUGAAGGUUUGGAAGACUACAUGAAACGCUACGGCGAAGGCAUAGCGAGGGUCCUGACCUCCUUCGGGCCUGUACCAGACUUCCAGGGCGAGGGAGCUAAGAGAAUCAAUCAUGAGAUGUGUGAGCUGAUUCCCAAUGACCAGGAGCAUCUGUCGGCCAGGAGGGAGAGGAGGGACCAGCUCCUCAUGGGUCUGGCGAAGCUGAAGAAGGGCCACUGAAAUACAUCACACAUGAUGAAAUGUAUAAGCUCAUUCCUCACAAGAGGAACAGAACUCAGAACUUUUUUAUGAACAUUUAAAAAAAAAAAACUGUGAAGUAAGGAUUCAAUUUCAAACUUUAUUUUUC